UUUGAACGCAGCUAUCCCUAUCAGGCCAUCACUUGUUCAUCGCUACCCUCUCUCACUAGUCUCUCCCCUCCAUAUAAAUACAGAAAGCCCCAUGCCUUUCUCAUCAUCAUCAUCAUCUCAUUUAAAACACAAACAAUGGCCACAUUGGCAUACCCCUCCUUGAGAAAUAUCAUUCCGAUCUCUCUUUUCUUGCAUAGCCUGCUUGCCUUUUCCUUCACAGCCCUUGCUCGACCUGCCACUUUUACCCAGGACUUCAGAAUCACUUGGGCUGAUUCGCAUAUCAAGCAAAUCGAAGGAGGGAGGACCAUCCAACUUGUCCUGGACCAGAAUUCAGGUUGUGGGUUUGCCUCCAAGGGCAAAUACUUGUUCGGAAAGGUUAGCGUGGCGAUCAAGCUUGUUCCCGGAGAUUCUGCUGGGACUGUCACCGCGUUUUAUAUGAAUUCGGACACCGACACCAUCCGCGACGAGUUGGAUUUUGAAUUCUUGGGAAACCGGAGCGGGCAGCCAUACACGGUCCAAACCAAUGUGUACGCACAUGGAAAAGGUGACCGGGAACAAAGGGUUAACCUUUGGUUUGAUCCUGCAGCUCAAUUCCACACUUAUUCGAUACUCUGGAACCAUCAUCAUGUUGUAUUUUCUGUGGAUGAAGUACCCAUAAGGGUUUACAAGAACAACGAAGCCAAAGGAAUCCCCUUCCCCAAAUUCCAACCCAUGGGAGUCUACUCCACAUUAUGGGAAGCCGAUGACUGGGCUACAAGGGGUGGGCUUGAAAAGAUCGAUUGGAGCAAAGCCCCUUUCUAUGCCUACAUGCAGAACUUCGAGCUCGAAGGUUGCGCCGUGCCGGGCCCCUCAACUUGCCCGUCGAGCCCCUCAAACUGGUGGGAGGGAGCUGCGUAUCAACAGCUCAACGCCGCCCAAGCAAGAAGUUACCGGUGGGUUCGUAUGAACCACUUGAUCUACGACUACUGCACCGACAAAUCACGAUACCCAGUGACUCCACCUGAAUGUGUGGCCGGGAUCUAAAUAUCCAUUCAACCGGCCGCCGCCCGUGGAUCCACUGUCACAAAUAAAUAUCAGUUCGUAUAUACAUAUAUGUGGAUACACUACCUUGGAUUGGAAGCCAUAUAUGCAAUUCUGAAGUGUCUGAGGGGACGAAAAGUCAAUGUUGUCUGUAUCUGUAGCACCAUGCACAUUUUGUGUGUGCCCAAUAAUGCUUUUGUAUGUUAAUAAUUUCUUUCAAGUGUAUGUACUAUUUCUUCUUGAUUAAUAAAAUUAUCUAUUUAAAAAAA